AGUGUCUCCAAUCAAGACAAAACGUCCUGAAAUCUAAAUGCGUCUCAAUGGUGAAUUGGCUUUCUGGGCCUCCAAGCGCCCCCUAGCGGAAUACAAACGUUUCGUCUCGUACCAAGAGUAACCCAGCAGCAUUGUCAGCUCAGUCAUCUGUAACAGGGGAGGGCACGGGGAACAUUCUUUACUCCAAGCAUAGUGUAUGGCAUCAAAGGACUACAUAGGGACCAUCUGUGACAUCGUAGCGCAUACUCAUUUUUACUGUGAUACGGACACGGGAGAUACUGACAAGGGAUGAAUUCUCUUCCACCCCGUGGAUGCGCCCUCACCGUGUCCAAUGGAUCUCCCCGGCAUCAGCAACGCGACCGUGGACAACAUGUCGGGCUCGGGCUUCAUUUUAGAGAUUGUGACCAUCAAAGCCGUUGUAAACAGCCUGAGCACUCAGGCCAGCAACUAUACAGCCGGGGGCGAGAUGCCCAGCGACACCCCAGUGAGGAGUUCGGAGGGGAACUCGGUUCUCCAGGGCAUCGCGGUGGCCGCGGAGGCGCUGCUGCUCCUGGCCAUCUUCUUACUGUCCAGUCUGGGUAAUUCAGCGGUCGUGGUGGUUAUAAUCAAACACAGGCAGUUGAGGACGGUCACUAACGCGUUCAUCAUGUCCCUGUCCCUCUCCGAUUUCCUGACGGCCGUUCUUUGUUUACCCUUCUCUUUCAUGAUGCUCUUCAGCAAGGAUGGCAGGUGGAUGUUUGGGGAGCCCUUCUGCGUCGCCAACGGCUUUUUCAACACCUGCUUCGGCAUCAUCUCCACCCUGACCAUGACUCUCAUCUCAUUCGACCGCUAUUAUGCUAUCGUCAGGCAGCCGCAAGCCAAAAUCGGCCGGAGGAGAGCAAUCCAGCUCCUGGCGGCCGUUUGGUUCUCCGCGGUGGUCUUCUCGUUUCCUUGGUACCUGCUUAUGGAGACCUCCAGGCGCUUGGUGGUGCACAAACAGGGGUUUUACCAUUGCAUGUACGUGUUCCACUCUGGCACCUCCAGGAUGGGCACUGCGUACAGCGUAGCUUUAAUAGUAGCGUGUUACCUGCUUCCCUUCGCCCUCAUGUGCUUCUGCCACUACAACAUCUGCAAAACCGUCCGGCUGUCGGAGAUCAGGGUGCGGCCGGUGACCACUUACGCGCAUCUGUUGCGCUUCUACAGCGAGAUGCGCACCGCCACCACCGUGCUCAUCAUGAUCGUGUUCAUUAUCUUCUGCUGGGGGCCCUACUGCCUGAUGGGCAUCAUCUCCUCGCUCGGGAGCUACUCCUUCAAUCCUGCUAUGGAUACCGUGGCAAUCUGGAUGGCGUGGGCUAACGGUGCCAUCAACCCGUUGAUUUACGCCAUAAGGAACCCGAACAUAUCCAUGCUGUUGGGUCGGAGCAGAGAGGAGGGAUACAGGACUAGAAACAUCGCCGCGUACCUGUCCACGCAGACUCAGCGCAGGGACGCGGUCCGGAACCGGGCGGACCGGAUUAGAGACCGGUACGUGAGCCACCACGGCGCAAACAGCCGCCUGUCUUCCUCCAGCCCGGCCAACGGCGGAGAUGUGGCCAUGUGGGCCUGUAAAAACCCGGCGGUGUUCUUCUGUAGAGAUGCGCAUCCGGAUAUGAUCACUGAACCGGCGGUGCCCAAAGUUGAGACUGCUGACACCAGUUUGUAACGCGGUCACACUUUAUGAUGACGACGGGAGGUGCUACAGGUGUACAGUGGCACCCAAAACGACUUGGGUCGCACUUAAAAAUGUAACAUUUGGUUUAUUGCAUUAGAUAACAAAAUGUCAAGUCAGGUUUAAACAUUUAACACAAACUUUUCUAAGGCAGUGAUAGGCUACUAACAGUAGGCUACAUAAAGUGUAAUUAUAAUUAAUUUUGAAUUUAACUCUUUUUUUCAAUUCCUUUACUUUCAAACUCAUUUUGACAUGAUUAUGAUUUUAUGUGACAUUCACAUUGUUUGCAUAAACCAGAGACCGUUUAGCCUAUUGAUAUUUUGCUCAGUAAACAUAUAGCCUAUUUUAUUAGAGACCCUUAAUAUCAUUUUCUUGUUAAGUGAUAUUUAUGCUGGCACUUUAUUGUUUUUCAUCUUUAUUUCCUUGGGCCAUUUUAUCUUAGAAGAGCAAAAGUGUAUCAUUAAAUAUUCUGUUAAAUAAUUAAGCUUUUGACAAAAGAAGCUGACAAUCACCAACCUUUAAGUUGUUGAUCACAUUAAAUAAAAAUGUGAGCUUUUCUGUAGGGUCUCACUUUUGCUAUAUAUAGCUAAUAUGCAAACAUGUACAUAUUUAAUUUGCAGAUUUUAUUUUUGGCAUUUUUUUAUUUUUUAGGCUAAGUCUUUUUAAAUUUUUAUAACGAUUUGUUCUUAUGUAUUUUAUUACAGCAGUUUCAUUUAUUUUUUUUAUUUUUUUUUUGCAAGUAAAAAUUCACCUGUAGUACCUCCCUUCAGAUUUCAGUAAGUCAUAUGCAUUUAAAUAAAUUGGAACACUAAUCAAAGUUUCAUAUCAGUUCCAAAUAUUUGAUUAUACAUUACCUAUAAUAUUAUUGUUAUAUGAUGUUUAAAGAAGCAUUAUUUUGUGUGUAUUUUUAAAGCUGAAGUAUGUAGACUAAUAUAGACGUCACUAGCGCCACCUAGCAAACUCUGAAAGUGACGCUUUACGAAAAAACAGAUAAACCCCGCCCCCAACUCACGCCAUUGGUCGAGCCAGUAUUGUAGUGUACAGUAGGACCAGGCUGGCUCUUUUCAUAACACUGUGUUAAAACUUUACAUUCUUCAGCUUUAAAUAUGAAUAGACCUAUAAGUAAAAAUAUCAAAGUUUGAAUGUAAAUGAAUUUAAGAUGCAUUGUAUUCUUUAUUAAUGAUCAUUAUGUCAUUAUAAAGUGUUACCGUAUUUUUUACAUUUAAUCUUUUGAUACCAUUAACCUAUAUUUGAAACCAAACUCUCCAAGCAUGAGUUUAUUAAUGUAAUGAAUCAGCAGAUUAAGUGUGUGUCUGUGUGUGCAAAGUGCCAAGAUGAAAGUCACUCUUGAGCCUAAUGCAAAUGCUUUACAACACUGUGAAUGAACUGAAGGGUUUACAGAAAUCUCUCUCGCAGCCUAAAACCAUAUCCAUGCUGUUCAUCAUCUGCUCUGAAGUGUUAACACUGACCUGGAAUAUUAACAGUGAAACGGAUAAGAGUUGAGAGGAUUUUAUAACUACUUAAUUGAACAAUCGGUCAUAAUGACAUGGUCGUUUAAGAAAUAGGGCUAAAACCUUUUUUUUUUUUACAUUGUAAAAUGUCUUAGCUUUUAGGUUUACACCCAUCACAGAACCAUAUACCUGCUACACUGUAAUAAAAAAAGACCUCAAAAUCAAAACAAACAAGUCAAAUAAAAUAGGAAUAGAAUAUAAUUUCCUUUAAUCAAUCUGUAAGCAGCAUACAUUUCUGUCAAACAAUUAAUCAUAUUUUUGAGGGGAAAACAAAAUUAAAUCUUUUCUCUGAGAUUUUGGAAGAUCAACUUAAAACUUGUAAAUAACAAAUACAACCAACAAACUGCCUUAAUUGUUGGAUGUAGCAUGGUUUACAGAAUACAAAAAUACAUUAAUAUCGGUAUUUAAAUAUUUUAAACAAUUUCUAUAUCAUUUUUAAGCAAGAAUUGAUCAAAUUCUGAAUUUAUUUGACUGUAAGACUGCCAUUUAUUAGUUUGAUGUGAGGGGUUAAACUGACAUUCAUGUGAAGAUAUCAGUGCUUUUUAUGAAACUGUGUUUGGAUUGACUUUUUCUGCAAACAUUCAUCAGUAUUUAUAGAAAUGUAAGACCAGAGAUCUAGAAAGGUGUUGAUAAUCCAAUCUAACAAAAGCACAGGGUCUUUUAUACAUGAAACUUUCCUUGAAACAGAUGUAUUUUAGAGACAUAAGCAGGCAUAAAAGAGUCAUAGGCCUAUUAAAUGUUUGUUUUUACCUUGUUGGUUUCAGAGAUGCAUUAUCUUCAAAUACUCAAAUUAUUAAUUUUUUAAAUAUCAAAGACACUAAAGAUUUGAAACAAGCUAUUAUGAAACAAACAUCGCCAUACUUUAUGUCUUUG